AUGGAUUAUGAUGAAAAUAUUAUUGCUAUAAGAAAAUUUAUUCCAAGAUUUUUAGUUUAUUCAAGUUGUAGUUUAAAUCCAAUAUUAUAUAAUUUUAUGUGUGAAAGAUUUCGCCGAGAAAUGAAACACGUUUGUUGUUUGACUGAAACUACCAAGACUAGUAAAAAAACAAUUAACCGGAUAAGAGGUAGAGGUGUUUUAUAUCAAAAAACAACUCAUCAAACAUGUUAA